GUGUUCAUCGGCCAGUUCAUUCUCUCCAAAAAUUCUCAGUCAGGUAAAAUAAAAUAAAAUUAAAUUAAAUAAUUAUCACAUUAAAUACAGUCUCACUCUCACAAGCCGCUCCUCACGUCCGUGUGGUGUGACUACUGUAUAUUCAUUUGUCCUUUCUCAAGUAUCAAGGGAAAAAAAAUCAAAAAGAAAAACCUCUCAACUUGCCUUUGUUGGAACUUGGAAAUGGAAGCUUAAAGCGUGGCACAUGUCAAGGCUGGAGAAGAAACAGACGGAGAGAGAAAAUUGUUUUACGAUAUUAGGUUUUGUAGUGGUUGAAUUUCCUUUCCAAGUACAAGAAUGCCGUUGACGAGGUAUCAGAUAAGGAAUGAGUUCAGUUUGGCGGAUCCGGAGCUGUACAAAGCUGCAGAUAGAGAUGAUCCUGAAGCACUUCUUGAAGGAGUCGCUAUGGCUGGCUUGGUUGGUAUCUUGCGCCAGCUCGGCGACCUUGCCGAGUUUGCUGCUGAGAUAUUCCAUGACUUACACGAAGAGGUAAUGGUGACUGCGGCAAGAGGCCAUGAGCUGAUGGUUCGUGUCCAACAGCUUGAGGUUGAAUUUCCUUCUAUCGAGAUGGCUUUUCUUUCCCAAACGAAUCAUUCAUCAUUAUUUACUAGUACAGGAGUUGAGUGGCAUCCUAAUCUGCGAAUGGAACAGAAUCUGGUAACUCGUGGUGACUUACCUCGUUGUGUAAUGGACUCUUAUGAAGAAUGUCGUGGUCCACCACGGUUGUUUCUUUUAGACAAAUUUGAUGUUGCGGGAGCGGGGGCAUGUUUGAAGCGUUACACUGAUCCAUCGUUCUUUAAAGUUGAAGCAGCAGUGGAAGUCCAGAGGGAAAGGAAAAUUCGCAAAGUGAAGAAGAAAGGAUCACGCUGGAGGAGUGGAGAAACACCAGAAAUAGUACCGACGUCACAUGCCAAACUGCAUCAGUUGUUUCUGGAAGAGAAGGUCGAGAAGGGCCAGAGUGAUCCUGCACGUCUUGUGAAAUUGAAAAAGAGGCAAUUAUCUCCUUUGGACACAAAAGCUGGGAAAAGUUACAUGGAGAAAUUCCUGGAGGCUUCUGAACACAAUGUUGUUCGUGAAAUUUCUGUUACUCCACUGGCUUUGAAACUGACAUCAGAUAAUUCUAGUGAUUCAGGCCUAGAAAUACAUGAUAUCAGUACAGUGAGUCCUGUGAAAAAAUCAACUCAGGGAAAGGAAAGCACACGUAAUUCACAGGAAGUAGUACGAAAUCCAUCUAUAGAUGAGUUCUAUGGGGAGGUCAUUGAUAGACAGAUUGUGAAGAUGCCUGAACCAACUGCUGAUGAUGAGACUGAUGCAAUUCCUUCUGUUCCUCUUAAAGUGACAGUUGAGAAGGAAAUAGCUGUUGACAGGGAAGGCAAAAUGGAUGGCAGUGUAGAUGGGGAUAAUUCUGAUGAUAUGACCAGUGAAGUUGACAAUUACAUGGAUGCUCUCACUACCAUGGAGUCAGAAAUGGAAACAGAUAAUGAAUAUAGACCUAAAACUGGUAUGGGCUUCUUGAAUGUUGAAAAACGUGAGAUGGAUUCUGGUAAGAAUGAUGAACAGCUGGAGUCCCGAGCUCAUUUUUCGGAUUCUCAAUCAAUUGGAAACUUUUCUGCGUCAGAUGAUGGGAACAGUUCAGUCAAGAAAGGAAGAUCUAGCUUCUCAUACUCUGAUACUCUAAGCAAUUUGGCUGAAAAUACACCAUCUGAUGGUGAAGGGUCAGCUAAAGUGUCUCCUUCUUCUGAAGCUUUUGUGGCUGAUAUUACAGAGAUUCCAUCGUCUCAUGAUCUCAAGUUGUCAAAUGAUAUGAGCGUUGAUGUAUGUGCAGCUUCUAGUUCAUAUCUUGUGGAUUCAAAACCUUCCCUUUUGCAGUUUGAUUUUGCAGCAAGUUCACAGCAGCACAAAUUAGAUGAAACACCCUCUGAAUCUAUUAAACCUUGUUCUGAGUCAUCAUAUGUUGAAGAAAGUGAGACAAAUUUGGUUAAUUCUUCAGCAGUUGCCUCUGAAAUGUCUUUUCAGAGAAAGGAUGGUGCUGUUUUUACACAUUAUGCUGAGAGCCAUCCUGUGGAUAAAUUGGAUGACAGGGAUCCAAGUGUCUCUUUUGAUGCUGUGUUGCAUUUGUCAAACAAUUUAGAUCUGACUCAUGAAAAGAAAAGCACUGAUGAUUCUGCAGAUGACAGUUUUCCUGAAAAUUUGGUCAUUAUUAAGGUUGAUUCACCUGAGUCAGUUAAUUCUCCUAGAAAGGAACAGGUCGCUCUCUUAGCCAUUCAUGAAGCAGAAAUAUGUUCUGGUUCUGCAUCAUUGCCUGCCAAUUCGAAUGUGGAGCUGGAUGAUUUAAUAUCUGAAGUAAAUGAUGCUUUCCCUGAAAGCGGAGCCCACUCAGAAACUUCAACUUCCAUUGUUGAUGCUUCACAGACUCCUAGCUCCAAAGAGCAGCAAGUAUCAAAUAUUGAGGAUAAUAUUCCCUGUAUUGGGCUUGACUCGACAGAAAAGACAGCUUUGUAUUCUGAGGAAGCAAAUCUUGAAGAUAUUUCUAGGGCUGCAGACAGUGAGAAAAUAGGUGAAUUGACAUGUGAGGAUCAUUCUGUGAAAGGAGAUGAGGUCUCUCUUGUACUCCCAUGUAAGAGCAUAGAUUGUUUAGCCCUCGAGGAUCAUGAUGGCUUAGAUGAUGUGGUAGCUGAAAGUGUUAUAGCAGAAAACCUGGUUGUGCCUACUAUUGCUGUUGAUGAUGUGCCUACUACCACCAGUGCUGAUGAUACUGUUGACCAUGUUGUUUCUCUGCCACAAGAUUCAAUUUGUUCUCCAUCUAGUAAUAUUGAAAAUUUACAAGAAUCUCAUUUUGGUAGUGAGGACCCUACUCAGGAAGGAUUGGAAUGUAUUGAGCCAAUUUUUCCAGCACAUGUUGAAGGAUCUGAGGCAGAAAAGGAAAUGAGUCAUCUGGAUGUUGACUCCACAUCCUGCAAGUUGGCCCCUGAUGAUAAUACUUAUUUGAAAGUGGUUGAUGAUGAUUCAUCUUUAGCUGAUUGCACCCAAAAUAGAAUGGUUGAAGGUGAUGCCAUCAUUGCACAGCCAUCAUCAGCACCAGGUGACCAAGAGCUGGAAUGUCUCCAUCAGGAUGGUCUUCUAGAAGAGGCUGACUGUGUCACAUCUUCACCUGCUGGUCACCUCCCAAAUCCAGAAAUUUGUUUUCAACAGUCUCUGGUUCUGCAAGCUGAUCAAUUUGAUGGGGAAUUGUCAAAAGCAGAAGAAGCAAAUUCUAGUUCAUCUCAACAUCAGUCUGAACUAAUACAAUCUUCAAAUCUCACAGAUCAUGAAAGACUUUUUAAUGAUGCUUCUGAAUCUUGUCAAGAAGAAAUUCCAAGUGAGCCGUCACCUUCUGAUGAUUUAGCACAAUCAGCUGGCCAGGAAAUUAUCAGUGUUGAACAAACAAUGGAUCCAUUAGGUUCUGUCCCUCCUUGGUUUGGCCUUCUCCAUGAGGCAACUCCAGUCAAUAUGGAGGAGAUUCCACCACUGCCACCUCUACCACCAAUGCAGUGGAGGUUAGGAAAGAUUCAAGAUACCCCACUAAUUUCACAGCAAGAACCGAUUGGUCAUAGUCAGAAGUCAUUUCCAUCAAUUCUGCCAUUUAAAAAUGAUGAGAAAGCUCAAUUUGGUUUUCCAGAUCAACAGAGAGGCAUUGUACAGUCUGGGAAUCCAUUUCUUCCCCUCACUGCUGUUGGAGUUGAGGAGUUACAAGUGUCUGAACAGAAAGUGGGUAAUACAGGGCAGCCUACUACUUCAUUGCAAAUGCUAACUAAGAUUAACCAAGCAAAUGAUAAAGAGAGCAGUGUUACUUUGGAGGAAACUCAAUCCCUGAGCCCACUCUUAACAUCAGCAGUAUUAGCUGAUGAGAAGUGUGAUGGUUUCCUUGCGUCAGGUGGUGAAGUAGUUCAAUCAAGUUCAAACCCAUUCUUAUCAGAACCAGCUGAUGGACACACUGCUUCUGAUGAUGAACCUGUAUCUUCUCAUGGAGAACUAAUCCACCCUCAGGAUCAAUCGAUACCAGAAACAGGUUUAGAGCAUAACACUCUUCAAUCCACAUCACAAAACUCAGAAGGUGGACUCUUAACAUCAACAGUAUUAGCUGAUGAGAAGCGUGAUGGUUUCCUUGCUUCAGGGGGUGAAGCAGCUCAAUCAAGUUCAAACCCAUUCUUAUCAGAACCAGCUGAUGGACACACUGCUUCUGAUGAUGAACCUGUAUCUUCUCAGGGAGAACUAAUCCACCCUCAGCAUCAGUCGAUACCAGAAACAGGUUUAGAGAAGUGUGACGGUUUCCUUGCGUCAGGGGGUGAAGUAGUUCAAUCAAGUUCAAACCCAUUCUUAUCAGAGCCAGCUGAUGGACACACUGCUUCUGAUGAUGAACCUGUAUCUUCUCAUGGAGAACUAAUCCACCCUCAGGAUCAAUCGAUACCAGAAACAGGUUUAGAGCGUAACACUCUUCAAUCCACAUCACAAAACUCAGAAGGUGGACUCUUAACAUCAACAGUAUUAGCUGAUGAGAAGCAUGAUGGUUUCCUUGCUUCAGGGGGUGAAGUAGUUCAAUCAAGUUCAAACCCAUUCUUAUCAGAACCAGCUGAUGGACACACAGCUUCUGAUGAUGAACCUGUAUCUUCUCAGGGAGAACUAAUCCACCCUCAGGAUCAGUCGAUACCAGAAACAGGUUUAGAGCGUAACACUCUUCAAUCCACAUCACAAAACUCAGAAGGUGGACUCUUAACAUCAGCAGUAUUAGCGGAUGAGAAGCUUGACGGUUUCCUUGCUUCAGGGGCUGAAGUAGUUCAAUUGAGUUCAAACCCAUUCUUAUCAGAACCAGCUGAUGGACACACUGCUUCUGAUGAUGAAACUGUAUCUUCUCAAGGAGAAAUAAUCCACCCUCAGGAUCAAUUGAUACCAGAAACAGGUUUAGAGUGUAACACUCUUCAAUCCACAUCACAAAACUCAGAAGGUGGACAUGAUAAUAUCUCUAAUACAUUGGUGCUGCCACCUAGAAAGGUUCAAGAGCAGCCUCAGCAUUAUUUGCCAACUUCAGAGGGAGAAUCAGCUUGGUCAUCCAAUCCAUUUGUUUUCUUAGCAACCUCUGGAGUUGGAAAUGCAAACGGAGGUUCGGUAGUUAAGCUUCCUCGUCCUCGGAAUCCUCUAAUUGAUGAUCUUGCUGCUGUUGACAAAAGCAAGUUGAGAAAGGUUACAGAGCGGGUUCGGCCACGAAUUGAGCCAAAGUUAGAUGAAAGAGACUCCCUUCUAGAACAAAUAAGAACCAAGUCCUUCAACUUGAAGCCUGCGGUGUUGUCAAGACCCAGUGUUCAGUUUCCUAAGACUAAUUUGAAGGUUGCUGCCAUCUUGGAGAAAGCAAAUGCAAUACGCCAGGCCACGGCUGGAAGCGAUGAAGAUGAUGAAGAUAGUUGGAGUGAUUCUUGAAAGAUUCUCCCUAAGAAAGCGCUUCACUAUUUCGGUUAUUUCCUUGGACCGGUUGAGAACAUUUUUCUCUCCCUCAUAUAGUAAAUAAGAUUUUCUGUGAUCUGGUGGAUUCUUUUCUUCUCGGCCCUAAGUGCAUGUAUUAUUAGCCCCUUUCCUUCCCCAACCUCUCACACACAUGUUGAUGUAUAUGUAGUUACAUGGCUCUGUUAUAUCUACUGCAGUCCGGUGUGAAAUGUCAGGUGUGUUACACGUAUGACCUUCAUGGCACAGCAUGCAAGCGCUGUACCAAUAGCAUUCUUUUGUGUUGUUAUCUUGUAAAAUGUUAGAAGCUGUAAAUUGUGUUUGAGUGGUAUAAAUUUUGAUUAGCAGUGUAA